AUGUCAAAACCCAACAUCUCCAGUAACUUCAAGGUCGAUGAGGUGCUACCGGCCCUAGCAAAGCCGACCUUAUGGAACCGAUGCAAGACACAUAUGAAGAGAUUUUGGUGGGCUUAUUUGAUCGCACUUUGCAUUUCUGCCCUAGUCAUUAUUCUCCCACUCUUUUAUGUCGGAAUUCCUCACUUCGCGAAUAACUUUAUCAACAAGCACGACUUCGACUACGACAGCCUCGAGAUUACCAACCCCCGGCCCACUGCCAUCCAUGUUAAACAAAAGAAACCCAUUCAAAUGGGAGGUGCAUUCAGUGGUGGUGGCCAUCUGAAUGCAUUCAACGCCACCUGUCGCCUCAAAGACACCGACGUUUCUGCAAUUUUCCCUGUUCCGAGAAUUGCAUUUGGCAAUGGCGCCAUACAUGAAUUAGACCAAGAUUUGGAUUUGACUUGUGUCGACUGUCUGUCGCGAUUGGUUUCUACAGUUGCAUCGAACAAGACCUCUUCCAUUGUGAUUGAAGGCACACCCCAUUUGAAAUACGGUGGUUUACCGACGGCUCAUUUGAACAUUCGCAAAACCGUAAACGUGAAAAGUUUCAAUCUCACAGAUUUCCUCACUUCCAAGGACGCAUUCAACGUCACCAGCUUGGAACUCCUGACUCCGCCAGUUGAUGGAUAUGACUUCAACGCCACAAUCUCCAUGCGCAAUCCGAUUCCCUUCAUCGUUGAACUGGGAUACGUAACUUUCAACCUCACCCUAGGUGGUUCAGACUUGGGUCGGGUCGAUUUCCCCCAUCUCUUUCUAGAGAAGAAUAUCAGCAGCACUGUGGUCCUGGGUUCAAUUAACAAAGAAGUGUUACUUCGCGAGGCCCUUUCCGGUCACGAUGACUUUGGCACUUUCACUAUCGGCGUGCGUGGGAAAAGCUGUUCUUUUAACGGUGUUGAUAUCCCUUACUUCACAGCAGCUGUCACGGCUAUGUCUGCGUCGAUAAGAGUCGAUCUACUCAAAUAUGCAUCAAGUCUAUUUUCUUGA